AUGGCCGACCGUCGUCGUACCAAUGCGCCUGCAGGAGGAACCUCUGCACCCGUCUUCGUUCCUACACAAGAAUCGACAUCAUCACAGCGACCAGCUCGCCAACGCCCAUCAUCUGAGUCUCGUAAAAUCUUCCUACAAACUGGUCUUGUACCUUCUGCCUCUGGAUCAGCAUACUUGGAACUCCACCCUUCUACCGAUGCUGCAAGAACGACCCUGGUAGCUCAGAGCGGCACCCUCAAACUCACCUGCACUGUCCACGGUCCGCGACCACUUCCUCGUACCGCUGCAUUCAGCCCGAACCUACUCCUCAACACACACGUCAAGUUUGCGCCGUUCGCUAGUCGCCAAAGGAGAGGCUAUCUGCGCGAUACUGCAGAAAGAGACCUGGGAUUGCAUCUGGAGACUGCGCUACGAGGUGUGGUCAUCGGAGAGCGCUGGCCUAAAUCCGCCGCCGAAGUCGUCAUUACGGUUUUGGAGAGUGAGGAGGAUGACUGGUGGCGCGAUGAUGAUGCUAGCAAGAAGAACAUUGGAGGCGUUGGUCUCAUGAAUGUCCUUGCUGGUUGCGUCACUGCUGCGAGUGCUGCCAUCGUGGAUGCCGGAAUCGACUGCGUGGACCUUGUCUCAGGCGGUGUUGCUGCACUCGCUGGUGAAGGAAAGGGAGAGCUAGUUCUGGACCCCUGUCCGAGCGAACACAAUGAUUUGCGCGCUGCUGCUGUAGUCGCACAUCUCCAAUCAAGAGACGAACUCACAGAGUUGUGGGUCAAGGGUGAUGCUGGUGAAGGCUUCGAGACACUUGUGGAUCGCGCUGUCGACGCUGCAGGUCUAUCGAGAAGCGUGCUCGCUGAAGCCGUCAGGGAAGCUGCCGAGGUUAAGAUCGGUUCUCAAGUCGCCGACAAUGGCAAGCAAGAGGUGGUCAAGGCUACCGAUAUUGAGAUGACAGGAUGA